CGGUGGAGGCGGGCCCACUUCAGCUGCGACUGUCAAGAUUGGCAAAGCGGUGGCUGCUGCUGCUGUAUGCAGGUAAAAGGAGCAAGCGACAAGAGGAAAAACAAGACCUGGAAAACAUUCAUCCUGGCAGAAAGCGAGGAGUGCAAUGGGAACGUGGGAGCCCUUUUGUGCGAAAUAGUGUGAGGAGAAGAGGUUUUAAAUUCGCGUGUGAAACUGCAACACCUCUUGGUAGCCUUAGCGGAAAGUGUCGCUUUGUGAGUGGAAGCAACUUGGACAGCUGCGUGUUUUCAAGAGGAGCCAUCAACAAAGAAUGAAAGCGUUGAAACGAGCUCUGCAGGAUAACCACCAUCCCGAGCAGGAGCACUCUUCGGCCGUGUCGGACAGCGAUGACGGCUCCCCGCUCGACCUGUCAGGGAGAGGGGUCCUCGGGAAGCGCCGUCGCCGCGGCAACCUGCCCAAGGAGUCGGUUCAGAUCCUCCGCAGCUGGCUGUACGAGCACCGCUUCAACGCAUACCCAUCGGAGCAGGAGAAGCUCAGUCUUUCGAACCAGACUAAACUGUCUGUGCUGCAGAUCUGCAACUGGUUCAUCAAUGCCCGCCGCCGCCUUCUGCCUGAUCUGCUUCGCAAGGAUGGCAAAGAUCCCACCAAGUUCACCAUCUCCCGUAAGAUCGUCGGUAAAACCGAGGCCCAUCAGUCAAACAGAGGCGAAGCCGGCUCUCCCGAAAUCGGUGCCUCCGCUCACUGCCCUCAGCCGCGUCCAUCGGUAAUCCGCUCCACGCCCGCUUUGGACCUUAGCCUACUGGGGAACACGGCGACAGCCAUCCUCACCGGAGCGGGCUAUCCUGGAAAGGAAGGGUGUGUGCAGGCACUCAUGAAGCUGGACACGCAAAGCCUGUUGAGGGAAGCCGAUGAAAGAGGCGCCCACUCAGCUGGCCCAACAACAGGCAUCACUGUAGCUGCAAGCCACUCCAGCGGCCUUCUCAACACGCCUCCCCCGACUCCACCCGAGCUCUACCCGGGUCACGACUUCAGUGACCUGAGGCUGCUGGUUGAUGCCGCUCUACAGAGAGCUGCAGAGCAGGACCUGCUCAAGGAGAGCCAAAGCAAACCAGCAGAGCCUUUAAAUGCCAUACCGGUGGGUGCAAACGAAAAGGGCCCAACCCCGCCUCCAGAGGAACAGGUCAUGCAUCCUUCCAGAGUGCAGAGUCUGAUGGAGAAGGCCAUGUCUGUUCCAGAGCCGGUCAAAUCUCCAACAGUUGCUGCUCCACUUUUGCUCCCAGCCUCCAGGUUAUCCCCUCUACCAGUAAACAAAGUGAUGUGGAGCCCCUUAGAUAAAGACACUGUCAGAGCAUCCAGCCCAAACCAACCUUGUCUCAUCCCAGCACACCUACCAGCUGUAGUGCCAGUAUCUGCCAUCAUCCUGGGGCAACCAGAGCUACAGAAACCUGCUGCCUUCCUAGCCGUUAACCCAAAGUCACCUCCAGCCUCAUGUCCUAUGAGUGCGUCUAAUCCAGCAAUGAGACCUGUCUCCAUACAAACCCCUUCAGCCCAGUCAGCCACCUCAGAUUCCCCCCCAGCAGCAGCUGUUGCAUCUCUAUUGACGUCUAGAGGAGACCUGCCCCACCUCCCGUUCCACAAGCCCCCCUCGAUCCCUGUGACUCCCCCCACCGUGCUGCCCACUUCACCCUCGGUCUCAUCCGCAUCUUCACCACCAGCGGUCCCGCCUCUCCUGAGCCUCGCCUCCCACCUCGCUCCUCAUACCUCAGGGAGCAGCGGCUCAGCCAUGGUGCCGAAGGUUUGGGGCAUGGUUCACGCCAACGCCAGGCAGGCCAGUUCACUCCAAGUGGUACAGACCCCCAUCAGCACGGUGUGGGGGCCGCAGCACAGCCUGCACACGCUGAGUGAAGCUGUCAACUAGAAGCUGUUGCUGUUUUUCUUUUUCUUCUUCUUUUUUUAUGUAAAAAUCUGAGGAAAAAAGCAAGGACAGGUGUGUUUUAUACGGCUGGACUUUAACGUUUAUAGGAGAAUGUAUCUUGGUCAGCCCCUUGACGUGAAGCCUGAGCUUGGCAUGAGUUGGAACUUUUAUCGUUUACCACAGAGAGGAAGGUAGAGACCGUAUCAUUCCUACACUCUUGAUGCCAUUCUGCAACGGAUUUUGAUGUCAUUCUGGGAUUUUGGGGUGUUACAAGAAUGAUCAAAUAGGAAAGAAUUCCUGAAUUGUACAAACAUUUACCAGCCUUUCCAGUAGCAGCGCUGGACUUUAGUGAAUGUAAAAAAACAAAACAAAAAAAGGUGACCUCUCUGGAUAUGAACUCUGCUGCCCUUUAUUCAAUCUUCUGGAUAAAAAGCACAACAUUUUCUUAGAACUCUUUUAGUAAUGUGCAUUUAAAAUGUUGAAGUUGUUUUUCUUGUCUUUUUUUUUUUUCUUUUUUUAUAAAAUGAGCCUGUAAAUUUUUUUCUGACAUGGUUCUCUGCUUUUUUUUCUCCCCCUGCAUUUGGAAACCUGAGCCAAAGAAAAAUCGUUUCUUUUUCUUUUCUGACUUUUUCUAAGUCAGUGACUCCCUUGAUCCUCCUUACGGCCAAGCGGUUUCAUGAAUCGUCAUCUCAGCUGCUCUGUGCAUACUUUCUAGCACAAAUGCAUCAUUAACUCUUUACCGUUGGGAAGUUUCUAGUAUUUUCAGUUUCCAUUUAAAGCAGGUGUGUAGGUUGCUUUCUGUUGGAAUCCCUCUCGAUCUUCAUUUGGAGACCCGAUGCGUCGCCCAGAGUUCCCUGACGUUUGUGAGGCCUUAAGAGUUUCUGUUUCUCUGAUCCGAAUGUCGUAACGGAAAUCGAUAUUUCCUACAGGUUCUCGACAGAGCAGAUGUAGCACAUCUUUUUUUUCUUUUUUUUUUGUACGUCUAAAACAAGAAGUUUUUCCACAUCUGAUAGUUUAAAAGUGGCUUCUACAGAGUUUCUGCUAAUCCAUGCAGAUGUAGUUUCUGUGAAACUGUCUCUCACCCCCACCCCCCAAACAUUUUAUAUUGGUAGCUGUGAGUGUCUGUGUGGGAGUUUGGCAGAAGGCUGGACUCCUUUCUGGUCAAUACUGUAGCACAAUUAUUGAUUAAUGUUUACCAGGUCACAAAGCUGUGUUUAGUUCAGUUCUGUUGUAUUAGUGUGAGUGGUUGUGGACAGAAGAACAUAUGUUUGGGACUUACUUUUACUUUUGCCGAGCAAUGAACACUGCCACCAUUCCAAAAAAAAAACCCUCCAAACAUUUCUCCCAUAUUUUCUUCACCGUGUUCCACUCUGUGCCACAAAGUUAAGGUUAAUGUUUGCUUUGGUUGCAGAAGCAGAGUAGGCCGGUGUUCAUUUUAUACCUCAGUUGUACACAACCGAUGUCGGGCAUAAGUUAUAGUUACAUUUUUCAAACUGCAUAAAUACACUGUGAUGAUGCCUUCGAGGUCAUAAUACUGGGAAAGGCUGGCUAAGAUUUUAAGUAGCGAGGUUUUAGAUGUAAGCUGACACUUCUGAGAAAAAAAACAAUGUGCUAAUGUAAAUAUGUGGAAGGUCAAGGUUUUACUUUUAUUUUAUUUUUUUUGUUCUUAUUUACUAGCAUGAGAUUAAUUCUCAAAAUGUAGUUCCUGUCCAACCAAAUGCAUUUUGAACAUUUUCUUUUUCAAGUUCAUGUUACAAAUUAUGACUCCAGGCAGUGUGACUGGCUGCUGUGCCUUAAGCCUUUGAAUGAGGGAGAAAGUCCCGGUUUUCUUUUUUUUUUUUUCUUACUUUUAUUUUUUUUUUUAAAUAUGUAUUAAAAACUCAAUAGUCUGUGCAAUAUACGCCUUAAACUUUAAAUGUCUGUUUUUUUGUAUGAACAUUUCAAAGAAAUAAAGGUUCAGUUUUUUUCA